AUGGAAGGACAUUUAUCAGAACAAAUUAAUAAAGAUGUAAUUUUAAGGUUUUAUCCAGCAAUUAUAAAUGACUUGAGUAGUUUAUUGGAUAACGAACAAACAGAAACAGUUCGAAUAUUGAAAACUGAAGAUAGCACCCGCGCCUUACUAAAAGUGUGUUACUCUGGAUUUUUGUGUGAUUUUGUCGAUUCACUGCUGUAG